CGCAGCGGCCGGAGCAGAGUGUCAUGCAGGCUCUGGAGAGUCUCAAUGAUGGUCAGGUGAAUGACUUCCUCACAGGCAAGGCUCCAUUAAAUCUGACCAUGCGUCUUGGAGAUCACAUGAUGCUCAUUCAACUCCAGCUGUCCACAGUGUCGCCCGGUGGCUCAAGGAAGACCCGACUCCAACCUACACACAGCCAUGCCCACACCCAUGCCCACACACACAAUCAUGCACACACUCAUUCACAUACCCACACUCACAGCCACACCCACGCACAUGCUCAUACACACUCACAUAGCCACGACCACGGAGGAUCUGCACGGACGUCCACGCAUCCACUAACUCCACCUUACACUCCUCACGCUACCUGUUCAGGUUAUUCUCCUGUGCACACAUCCCAUAUGUCCAACCAGUCCUCAAUCCCAGCCUCUGUGACCAUCAACCCUAGUCAGACUACUUCCGCAGCCCCCAACACAUCUAGGGCCAAUUCUCCAUCUUCUCCGUCGUCUUCAUCUUCCUCGUCUUCUUCCCCUUCAUCUUCUGCAUCAGCAACACUUCACCACCAACACAAUCUUUCACAUCAUCACCAUUAUCAUCACCAUAGUAUGGGCUGUGGAUCUCCGUCAUCCCCUCCACCCCCAUACCUAACCACUCCCCCACAUUACCAUCACCAUCAUCACCGGCCAACACCAGGUUCCCCUUCCACUCCUAACAGCCCCUCCUCCUCCUCCUCAAGUGGGUCAAACACCAGUUCACCGUCUGGUCUUGGAUUAGAUGGGGACCUUCCUGUCAGAGGGUGUCCACACAGGGGUGAAGAAACUGAUCCCAGGGCCUCCUUAGAUACCAAGGCACUAGCUGAGGCUUCUCGUAACUUAACUCAGACACUAAAGCAGCUCUCUUCUGAAGUCCUAACAUCAAAGCCAGAGCAGAAGGAGGAAACUCUUACCCCUCAUGAGGUGGCUGCAACAUCCCUUGGCUCAAUGGGUGGUAACAGUAAUAGCAGCAGUAGCACUAGUAAUAGUAACAACAGCAGCAACAGCAGUAGUGGCAGCAACAUCAGUGGCAGUGGAUGUAGCAGCAGCAGUAGCACCAGCAACAGCAGCAGCAGCAAUAGCAGCAGCAGCAACAACAGCAGCAGCAGCAGCAGCAGCAGCAGCAGCAGCAGCAGCAACAACAGCAGCAACAGCAGCAGCAGCAGUUCAAGUAGCAGCAACAGUGGUAGUGGCAUUGGUGGCAUUAAGAAGCAGGGAGCCAUAAUUGAGAGUAUGCACCACCAUGGCAAGGGGGUUUACUCAGGCACUUUCUCAGGUACACUGAACCCAGCACUACAGGACAGGCAGGGACGGCCAAAACGGGACAUUUCCACCAUCAUCCAUAUCCUUAACGACCUCUUAUGUGCCACUCCCCAAUAUCGUCGACACUCUACCAACAUCUCCCUCAGUACCUCGACUCCUACCACUAGUCGCAACAAGAGUAGUAGUGGGAGCAUCAGGCGGGGAACACAGCAGAUGGGAGGCGCCUCCACCAGUGGCUUGCAGUCACACGAUUCUGUGACGUAUUCAGGUGGCGGGAAAUCUGCUGAUAAUGCACAAACUGCCGAACAAGAUUCUGGUGAUGAGAACCAAGCAAUGCGCACGAAAGUGGAACAGUUAAGACUAAUAAUGGAGCAGAGACGGGCUCGGCGCAAGGCUCGCCGUGAUGCCCGUACCCGCCCCUACCCCCACACUGCAGCAUCAUGGGCCACUGACACCAGUGUUCCGACUGUUGUCGCCACCAGUAGCACAGCAACAAGUGCUACUCAAGCCAUGGAUGUAGAUGGUAGUAAACCAGAUGGCACAGAUCCCACUACCCUGUGUGAGCUCAACUCAGAGACUGUUGUGGCUUAAUGCUGGCCCACCACUAGAAGGAUGUUAGGGUAGUGCGUAGGGAGGAUUUGCCAUGCUAAACUCACCGCGUUAUAGUGGUUUUAGUGGUAAAUGAUGAGUGUACCUUUGCACAACUGCCUGUAACCCAAGGUUACUUGUAUAGCCAAGGUCAUCAAGUCUUUAUUACUGCAAGGCUUGUCACUUGGCAGGUUAAUAGGGAAUGCAAAGUGUUUUGUCUGUGAUUUAGGGUUGAAUGUGUUGCAAGUAACUUGCUGCACAGAGCAUUGAUUGAUGAUGUGCUUCCACAGUUGGAAAAGGUGACAGUGUGACAGGCCAAUUUGUUUAUGAGGGAAUUUACACGAGAACACAUACAGUUGAAGCAGAUUCUAAGAUUAACAUUUAAUGUUCUAAAAGAAGUUUCUUACAGCAGAUUAAUAGUUGGUUAGAGCAAGCAACUGGUAGGAAACCAGAUUUAGAACUGAUAAUGAGCAGUUUGUAUAGGAUCUGUUCAAAUAGCUUUUUUCUCGGCAGUAGAACACCCCCGAGGCUUACCCUGGGAACAUGCUUGUGGCUUAGCAGGGACACAGUACACAGAAUUGCAGUAUGGAAUUCAGGAUAUGUAUCAGGUGGCCUUGUGAGUCUCAAGUGAUUCUAGGGUCUAGAAGUGAUGAUUAAUUUUUAUUCCAACUUAAAACUGGUAUGGUCACUCUGGCUGCAGUUUUCUGGUUACAUAAGUUUUUAAUCAUUUGACUCUAGACCCACAGUCCAUAAGUAUGGUUUAAUGCUUGAGUAUUUUAUGACUCCAGUAAGACACCAUUCUUAAACGGACAACAAUUCAGGCUAUAUUAGGAAGGUAUUACAUCAUCUGAGAACGGCUGAAUCUACCUCGUCAUAAAACCAAUCGCUAUUUCUUUUAAUACAAGCAGAUCAUAUUAUCCCUAUUCUAAUGUUAUAUAUACAAUAUGCUGUUAUAAUUCAGGAUGUCACCUCGGCUGUUAUAGCGCCAUAGAUACAAUUGCCAUAGUUACGUGUAGAUGUGGUUGAACUCACUUUUGUGUAAUUAUUGACUUCAGCUUCUGAGAAAUUUUGAAUCACCCAAGCCACUAGCUAUGGAGAUGACGAUGCUUAUAUUGUCUGUGUUGACGUGAUACUUGUAUCCAGUGCGGGUUUACCUUCUUGUAUGCGCCACCAAUGCUGUAAAUAACACUUUAUAAGCCUUGAAAGAUGCAAAGGCGUCUCCAUAGAAAAAAAAUUGUUUAGUGAAUGUUAAAGUCUAGGCCCCUUGCUCUUAGGCCCCUGAACAGUAGACGAAAGUGUGAAGCAAUCAUCUGUAACGUUGAUUGUUUAGAAACUAACUCUACUUACUACUGAUGGUAUACCAACAAACAAGAAUGCUGGUCCAUGCUCAUGUGGUUUUGGAGAAUACAAAAAUGGCUGUAGUGAGGAAGAGUGUGACGAGGAAAAAAAAACUCAGAUCAUGCCAACUGUGUUUACAAGGUGAAGGUGUGAGAACUUUGAUAAUUCCUCGGCUACUUUAUAAUUUACUUUGUUUCAGUGAGUGUUCCUUAAUUUCUUUUGGUGGAUAGCCAAAAUGAAGGAACCUCUCCAUGCUUUACAAUCAUUAGAAAUACAGGUACUCUACACAGAAAUAACCAUGAUGUUAUUUCACACCCACACACACACAGAAAAAGGCGGUGAAAUAUAGGAAAUAACCGAAUUUGUAUGAAAUAUUUGGGCAAGAUAUGAAUUUACUCUCAGGCAAUAAAUACAUUGACUUUCCCCAUCACUUGUUUUUCAGUAGUUCAUAAUAAAUGGAAUAUUAUAAAUGUUCCUUCAUCAAGAUUUAAUCAAAACAUAACACUCCUCACUGUACGCUUAUUAGGAUGUUUUGGUAUUUAAUUCUGAUCAGGAAGACAAGUAUACUGUUAUUAAUUUGUUUUCAAAUUGUCUUCAUUGCUGAUAUUUCCCAUUGCAUACGUUAAUUAUGAUGAAACCAAUUCAUAGUUCUCACAUCUUCACUUGAGUGAGCCGAGUCUAAUUGUAGUUACAAACUUACAUGUAUUAUGGACUAUUUUUCAAGUAUUUGUAGUGGUAGAUCAUACAUCCAAUAUUUUGGAUGAUUUUGAAGUUUUGAUAAUAUAAAAGAGUUUUGGGUGACUCAGAAUGACCCAUAUUAAAAUUUUGUAAGUUUAUGACUAAAAUCUGACUGUAACAGUAGCUGUAAUUACUUGGUACUAUUUAUGCACUUCAUAUUCCCUGUCAUGCUUUAUUAAAAUUUCAACCCCAGUUGUGAUGACUCAUAAAUUUACUGUUACAGUCACUGAAUCAAACUGGACAGUUGUCUGCAUUGUGAUAUUAGAUAGAUGGACACUCAACAAUGUUCUUGUUUUCAGCCUCUUUUUUCAUUUUCACUGGGGGAGGACUGAACCAAGGUGAUUCAUAUACCGGUACAACAGUGUCUUGUUGGAGUUGGCAGUUCUAUAUUAUCUAGGUUGAGACUUCCAUGUUUGUCUUUACCCAUUCUAGGUAGUCACUGAGGCUCUUCGGAAUUACUUGUUGGUCCUUCAUGUGAGCUAUGAAUUUCUUAUCACUUAUUACCAGUGAUUCAUGCUAGAAAUAUUGAUUAAUUUAAAUAAUAACACUAAUGAUUUAAUAUGUUCUGAACUUGAACCAACAGUUUUGAAAUAUAACAUAAUGUAUUAGGUAACUUCAGUGUAUCAAUCACCACUGGUCAUCAUGUAGAUCGCCUCAAACUUGACUGUCUAGAAUUGGGUGGCAUCACUUAAUUUCAUCUGCUUACUAAUUACUACUGAACCGGAUACUUAUUAGAGUGGUGUCCUAAGUCCAGGAUCUGUUUUCUUCAUUGGAUUUUCUAUUAUAAUUAUGAAGAUUUACUGAGAGUUUUAAGAAAUAAAGUGUUAGGAUAUUGUUAAGUAGGGCUAUUAGCUAAGUUUUUAUUUCUGUUCACUAUGUUGGAACGAAAUUUAUUUUAAUUUUUCAUUGUUUUAAGGAGACUAUAUAUUCCUCUGUUUUCACCGUUAAUUUAGCACAUUGUCACUUUGUAAAUUACCUUGUUGAUUUUUAAGGGUAAUUUUGCAUAAUUAGGGCAUUUCAAUUAAAGAUGUUACAUCUGUCAUUGGGCAAACCAUUUUAUUGUUAAUUGGUAAAUGAUCAGUGGCUUGGAGUCUUGAGGCUGAAUUCCAGGAUUGACUUUAAUCUGUCACAUAAAGCAGUAAGCUUUGUCUUCUUAUUGACUAUAUUAGUCAAGAUGUUUGCUGCAGUUACCAUCUGAUUUGAGAUAUGAUGUAGGAGUGAGCUGGUGUUGGGACUCAGCCAUCAACAUGAUGGUAUUGUUUCCCCCUUGUGUUGAACUUCACAGGCUUAGGAUCAAGCUGUGGUACCUCAUAUGGCUCAGUAUCUUAUCUCCACAUUACAUUUGGUAAGUGAUAAACAUAAAAAAAGCUGUUCUACACCAUCAGGUUAAGUUAAAAUGCAAUAUAAUAGCUACAGUUACAGACAGUAAGCAAUGGUGAUAUUCUAUAUUGUUGGAUGUAGAUGCAUUUUUGAAGUACUGUCACUGCUCAUAGUUGGUGUGUGUCAUGUCCUGAGUAUUUGCCUUGUCUGUCAAUGUUUGAGUUUGUUAUUUAUGUUCAUCUCAUUGUAUUUGAGUUUAUGGUAAACUAUAAUUACAUAUUAAUGACAAUGUGAUUGGAAAUAAAUCCUCAUUGAGAUAGUCACCAAGGCAUAUAUUUAGUGACUGUAACAAACACCAUAAUCAACUCUUUAAUGAGAUAUUUAACAAAAAAUAUAUUAAAUGUUUAAGGUGCAGACUAAAAACGAAAAAAAAAAUUAAAAACCUUGAGUAACGAUGAGUCAAGGGCACCGAUCUUCUACGAUACUUUUGCAAUACUUCUCAGGGAUUUCUUCUUAUUGCUCAUUCUCCUGUGUUUUGCUUCUCCUUAUAUGUUAAAAUUGGGUGUUGGUUUUUCAAUAUAUGGUAAAUAAUUACUAGCUGGUGUAUGUGCAACUUACCAUCAUUUUAGGUAAUUUGAUUAAUGUGGUAGUUUAUGGAAAGUUUGUUUAUAACACAGGAAAAUGUAGAACAUUAUAAGCACAUUUCUCAGUCUACACUAUGCGGGUAUGAGAGGAGGACCAACAGAUUUUUUGUUUUUUUUCCUGUUCCUCAGAUGAAACACUCUGUGUAAUUCAGAAAUGCAUAUUAUUUACAUAAAAAAAGUCAGGUAGCUAAUGAAUCAAGCUAGCAAUACUGGUAACCAGAUUUUUGCUGUUGUUAAAUGCAGUAUAGUAGAAUAUUUCUCAUGGAUCUCAACAUUUAAAGCAGGGAAGAACCUUACUGUCUGUAACUAUUGCUCUUGUCACUAUUCAUCAGACAUAGCAUGAGUGUUCUAAUGGAUUGUUUGGCAGAAGGCAUGGGGGUCCUCCUAAUUUCAUUCAGAUCCAAGGUAUUUAUGCAAGGUAGUGUGGAAUUUAUAUUUUAAAGAAUGGAGGACCAUGUCGCUGUCUUCCAAUCAACCUUCAGAAAUCUCACUUGAUGUCGUAAAGAAAUUGCUUUCUCUUUUAUAUUGACUUCAAGUCCCACCUGAAGUGUGCAGAGUUGAAGAGGUUGUGGAGAGAUGGGGCAGCUGUGACAAGCUCUUACAAGUUCAAUUUUCUUACUUAAAGCCUCAACAGGUUUACCAGUGAGCCACACUCUCCCAUCCCCUUCUUUUUAUGUCAGGUGUUGUUUCCCUUGUUGAUUCGUCCUUGUUGUACAUUAAUAAACACGAUGGUGAGGUUUAGCGACUGAGAAAUAGAAGUUAUUUGUACUGAAGCACCAAUGUCAGUGUCCAAGUUAGGACAUUUUCGUGGGUUUGUCCAAUAAUUUUCAUUUUGUCGCUGAAUAUUACCUUUAAUAUUAAUCUUAUUAGAUUUGAGUGCUGUGUAUUUGAAUCAGGUGCAGCACUAUAAUUAACUGUUAGAGAGCUUGAGGCUUUAGUUGGAAAUGAAUAAUAUUAAUAAUGUACAUCUAGCAUGUAUAUAGGGAAUGAUGCCACUGAAAUGUGUAGUAAUGUAGUGUUUCAGGCAAAUUCCCAAAUACAUUGCAUGCACUUCUAGUUUGAUGUUCAUAUUAUGAAGUAUAUAAUUAACCAGCAUUAUAUAAAAGUAUACAAGGUUGACUUUUACUGAGAAAUUUCUCAGGUUUUAACCUUGUUUACUUUUGUUUCUAACAUCUUUAGAUGCUGUUCUUGCUAUACUAGAGAAAAAUAGUAAUCAGUGAUUAAUAAACUCCCAAGCAAAGCUUUGUGUUGGGCUCAGGAUAUUAUACAAAACCAUGGAAGAGAGAGACCUUGUCUGAAACACUCUGCAAGAUAUGUUAUUGUUGAUCACAUCUCGUACAGGCAAAUGAAGUAUUGAAUUGCUGGCAACAGACAUUUACGUCACAUAAAUACUUUGUCUGUAUCAUUAGCAUUAAGAUUUUUUCCUUGGUUCAAAGCGGUAUGGCUGAUAUUAUGUUGUAUUUUGAAAGGUGUGUAGAUUCCCAUGUCUGUUCUUCACGUUAAUAAAUCAGUAUGUUGAAA